GUCCAACAGGGUCAUAGAGUAGCCGUGUCUGGCAUUGGUGUUCUAGCUGUGACUGACACGUUAGUUCCUAGCCAGAAUUCCCUUCUCCACGUUUGGAGUCAAAAAUGAAUGCAGUCAUGAAGGGUCAAAAUGUAUCUCUAAUUUGUUCCAACCACAACAAAUCACCACAGAUCACCUAUUCUUUGUUUCGGCAUAUGAAACACCUGGAAACCCGGGAGGGAAAAGGUGAACCCAUUAUUUUUAACCUAAGUAUCUCAGAAGCCUAUGAUUUGGGCCCCUACAAAUGCAAAACCCAAGUUUCUAACUGUUCAACAUACAGUCGCGAGUUCAGCUUCACAUUUAUUGACCCAGUGACCACACCAGUGCUGAGCAUUAAUGUCGUGCAAGUACAAACAGAUCGAAAUAUAACACUACGUUGCAUCUCAUUUAAUGGUUCUCUGCCCAUCGAUUAUACUUUCUUUGAAAAAGACAUUGCCGUAUCACCAGCUAUUUCCAAGUCUGUAAGGGAGCCUGCUGAAUUUCACCUAACCAAGAAGGACACUGGAAAAGGGGAAGAAUAUAGGUGUAAAGCUAAAAACAGAUUGCUUGGCCAUGCAAAAUACAGUCAACCAUGCUUCACCACACCCUCAACAGGCAGAGACAGCUGUCCUUUCUGCCUGCAGCUACUGCUUCCAGGGUUAUUACUGGUGCUAAUAGUAAUGAUCCUAAUUCUGGCACUGUGGAUACUACCUAAGUAUAAAGCAAGAAAAACCAUGAGAGAUAAGGUACCCAAAGACUAUGGAAACAUGCCCAUGGAAGUUGGAAUAUAUGCAAAUGCCUGUGCAAAUCAAGCAGAGGAGGAAUCUGUGCCAGGCUUGGAACCAAGGCAGUGGGUUUCCACAACCCAAGACGGAGCUGGACACUCUCAGGAGAUACAUUAUGCCACCCCCAUGUUCCAGCAGGUGGCACCAGGAGAUCAUGGAGCCUGUAAUGAUUAUAAAACUGGAUAUGUCUAUUCUGAACUCAUCUUCUGAAAUGUAAAGAUACAAAUUACAUCUCAGGGUCCACGCGGCUGCUCCAGCAGCACCUGCUGAAAUGACUGUCCUUCCCUCCCUGCACUGCAGCAGCAUCUCUGCCACAAAUCCCAUGUUCAUAUGCCUGUGGGCUUCCUUCUGGGCUUUGGAUACUAUUUCAUUGUCCCACUUACCUCUCCUGUGUCAAUAACAUUCUCAGGUUUUAAAGAAGUCUUGACAACUGAAAGAGCAAAAUUUCCCACCUUGUUCUUUUCAAGAAUGUCUUAGCCAUUUUUGACCUUCUGCAGUUCCACAUACAUCUUAGUGUCAGCUCAUUAUUCUCUUAAAGAAAAACAACUGAAGAUAGGGAUUUUGAGUGAUAUUUCAUUGAAUAUCUAGAACAACUUGGAGAGUAUUAAUGCAAAAGUGAGUCUUCCAAACUACAACUAUCUUAACAUUUACUUAUGUCUUCUUCAGUUCUCUCAACUGUGUUUUAUCCUUUCUGCAUAAACAUCUUGCACAUCAUUUGUUAGACUUAUUCCUAAGUGCUUAAUAUUUUGA